ACAUUGCUCACAUACUAAUUACUAUUAAGUAACAUGAUAUGAACAAUUAAAAAGUUUGAACUAAAUGAUAUGAUAUCUUAAGUCUAGCCGUUCGAUCUCGCUAGUUAAUGAAUGAAUCGAGGUCGAGUCAAUAACAAUAAAAAAUUUAAUUAAAUAAACAAGCCGAACUCGUGCUAUCGACUUAUUUAUUAACGAUUCAAGCUCAAAUUAGAGACUCGACUAAUUUGCAACAUUAGUAAGAGACUGAUUAGCAAGAGUGCUAGAAAGAAAUGUGAUGAAUCGAGAAACCAAAAUGUGUUCCACAAUCCGACAAGAAUUAAAUGGGAAGUUGGACUUGAAACAUUUAAAUGCUUUUAGCCAAUGAAAGAAUGUUUUGACAUGUUCUUUCUACUUUGGAAUUCCAUUCCGGUGUUUCAACGCCAUGUAAUACUCCCUUUUCUUUGUUCUUAUCGAUAUUAAUCUCAAUCAUCUUUAAUUAAAAAAAAAUUUGCUAACUUGAACUAUUUGAUAUUUGGUCACUUAUGAUCCUCUUUCGAAUGCCCAUUAAUUAAAUAUAGUAGUAGCAAUUGAGGGUACCUAGAGCAGCCGUGUAUAUUCUGUUUCUGUGUAUUAGGCAGAAAAUUGUUAACUCACAAUAUCGACAAGUCUGAAAUCAAAGCCAAAGCAGGAAAAAAAAUAGGGUCCCUUUCUCUAGCUCACGAUUCUGCCGCCGUGGGGAAACCAAAUAUCAUAAUAAUUACCAAUCUUCCAAACGAGAUCUUUCCCUCUAAACAAUGCAUUAACGUUUCAACCGUUCAUCAAGAAAUUAAUUACAGAUAACUUCAUCAUCAUCAAAUUUGUCUUUCACCAUAAUUGUUCAAACAACUCCCCUCGUCCCCUCCACCUUUAUACCCUCACUCUCUCUACUUAGAUUUCUCCACAAACCAAACAAAAAGGAGCCCAAAAGUUUCAUCCAUCUUUCCACCUUUCCCCCAUUUCAUCAUCCAUCUUUUCUUCAUGAUCUGGCUCUGAUAUUCCAUCCUUUGUUCUUUCCCCUUCCUCUCAAAACACUACCAAAAGUCAUCUCCUUUUCAAAGUUUCUUUUUUUCUCGCCAUCUUCAUCAUAAUCUGUGGAAGAUGAUGCAGAGAUGCUUCUGCUGCGUCUUCCCAGAAAGCAGACGGCCCGAUGGUAAUAGUAACAUCAGGUUAGUGGGUAGUAGUGGGAAGGAUUACCCUUGGGAUAUAUACACCCUAAAAGAGCUUCUCUACGCCACCAACAGCUUCCACAAUGAUAACAAGAUCGGAGAAGGCGGUUUUGGAAGUGUUUAUUGGGGCAGGACUACCAAAGGCGACGAGAUAGCGGUGAAGCGGCUGAAGGCGAUGACGGCGAAGGCGGAGAUGGAGUUUGCGGUGGAAGUGGAGAUACUAGGGAGGGUGAGGCACAACAACUUGCUGGGGCUAAGAGGGUUUUACGCCGGCGGCGACGAGAGGCUGAUCGUGUACGAUUACAUGCCGAAUCACAGCUUGAUCACCCACCUCCACGGCCCGCUCGCCGCCGAGUGUUUGCUCGAUUGGUCAAGAAGAAUGAGCAUAGCCAUUGGGUCAGCGGAAGGCCUAGCGUACUUGCACCAUGAAGCGAGCCCACACAUAAUUCACAGGGACAUAAAAGCAAGUAACGUCCUCCUCGACAUCGACUUCCAAGCUAAAGUUGCUGACUUUGGUUUUGCCAAGCUCAUCCCCGAUGGAGUAACCCACAUGACCACCCGAGUGAAAGGCACACUCGGCUACCUUGCUCCCGAGUACGCCAUGUGGGGCAAAGUCUCCGACAGCUGCGAUGUUUACAGCUUCGGCAUCCUCCUCCUCGAACUCAUCAGCGCCAAACGCCCUUUAGAGAAACUCCCUGGUGGAGUCAAGCGUGACAUCAUUCAGUGGGUCACUCCUUAUAUUCAGAAGGGUGCCAUCGACCAUAUAGCAGACCCGAGACUUAAGGGCAAGUUCGACCGGUCGCAGCUGAAGCUGGCGGUUAUGGUUGCAAUCCGCUGCACCGAUGCCAACCCAGAGAACCGACCCAUUAUGACCGAGGUGGUGGAGUGGCUCAAGGGAAACUUACCUGGGCAACGACCGAAACAGGUUUCCCACAUGGAAGAUGACAUGGACGAGGAGGAUGAAACCGAUGAUACAAAUGAUACUAUGGAGUCACAGAAGCUUAGGGUUGAACGGUCGUUCCAUCAAAGGAAUCGGGCAGCUAAUUCCAAAGGCAGAUGAAUCGUGUUAUUUUGUCAUGAAUGAUGAAAUAUCAUGAGUAAUUAAUGGUGGCCGGCUUCCUAAGCUUGUGUUUAAUUAGGGGAUUUUCAACUAUGGUUAUAACUGGUUGUUUUCAUUAUUGGAGUUUCUCGGGUCGGGUCCUUUAUGGGUAUUUUGGGUUUUAUGGGUAUUUUCUGUAAAUUAAAGUUCUAGUGGAUGAUUACGAAUUUAUGAUGACGGGGAGAAGAUGACAACGUUUGAAUUUCUUUGAAUUGUGUAUCUUUCAAAUUUUAUUAUUAAACAUUUGUUUUUGUUUAUAAUUUCUAGCCCUAACCUCUCACUAGGAUCUACUCGUCGUUUUGUAAUUGUAGCAACUACUCAGUCUUUAUUAUAUCUAUAUGGUCUUAUGUAUAUUCAUCUUUUUCAUCAUUUUCACCAGUCUUUAUUAUAUUGAGUAUUUUGGUUUGUAGCUGAUACGUGUCUUUAAAUCGUUUGCUUGUUGUAUUUGGGUCACGGAUUUGGUAUCGAAAUCCCAAAUUUGAUGGAUUUAACACAAGCCCAUUGUUUGUUGAUGAGUGUCAAAUCCCGAGGUUCACGAAUUUGGUCUUUAUUUUGGGACCAAAUCCGUGGACCUCACGGACUUGUAAAUUCCACAUAUUUAUUUGGGAUUUGUAAAUCCUUAAUUGUUAGUUGCUUAUGUGACAAAUCCAUCAUUAAUAUAUUAUCAAAUCUAUCAUGCAAACACUAGACUUUCAAAUCCAUAAUACUAUAAAUCCAUCAUGAAUCCCAAGGUUUUUUGCUGCUCAAUACCCUCAUUUUUCAAAUCCAACAAGCAAACGGCCCCUUACAUUUAUUGCCCUCAUUGUUAUGAGAAGAGAAAUGAAAUAAGAGGGAUAGUUUGGUAUUAAAUGAUGGACUUCAAAGUCCAUGAUCAAUUCUCACCUAAAGAGGUGAAACUUUCAGGUCCAUGGAUUUGGAACCUUAAAGUUCGUGGGACCCACGAAUUUGUUACUCAUAAAUACAUGAAACAAACAAUGAAUUUUGUACAAAGUCCAUGAUAGAUAUAGUGUUUUAGUUUUGUAUUUUUAUUCUUUCUAUGCAUUAUUCAAUGCAACAAGUUAGUCAUGUAUACUUAUCGUCUAUAAAGUAUAGUAAUAAUUAAGGUUGUACUUGUACGUUAGGAAGCUUAUUACUACUUGCAAUAAAAUUGUUCUAUCAUUUCACAUAUGUACUAAAAGAUAUUCAUAUACAAGAGCUAAAGUUGAAUAUGUAUAACACAUAAUCUCUCUCUGCCCUUCUCUAUCUUCCCUCCAUGCUCUGAAAAAAUUUCUCGCGUGCUAGGGUUUUCACUACUGGAGUGGCUGAUGACGGCCAGUCCUAGACUGGAUACGUCAAUGGAUCGCUACAGAUUCCAAGAACUAUCGUGGAUGAAGGGGCAAAACGCUGCGCAAAUAGUCUAGUAGGUCAAUUUCUCGCCCGACUUGCUUAUCUUUCAUCAAUUCACUACCGGGCGAAUUGGAUCUUGGGUACAGACGGGGAGAUAACGGUUAGGGGUGUAAGUUUGACCCUUAAAAUUCAUUGAUCCACCCCGACUCUCAAGGUCGGGCUGAGUCAAUUUGUCUAUAGGGCCAGUUUAGGUAGGGCGGGUCAAUUUAGGGUUGGGUCACUUUUUGACCCUAUGACCCUUAGCAUCAUACAAACACGCUGGACCUAUUUGCAAAAUUUGAAAAGUUUAGGUACUAAAUUGUAUAAAUAAAAAAAAAUUUGGGCACCAAAACGUAAUUUUACCAUCAAAUUUUUGGGACUCAUUUGUAAAAAAUAAAAUUCAGGUACUAAAAUGUAAUAAAAUAUAAAUUUGGGU